AUUUCAUUCAGUCAAACAAACGAAUAUGGAUUCUACAGAGGAAUCCGAAAAUUCUAAAUCUUACAAAAAUCAACAUGACAAAAUGUCUUCUAAUACUCCUAAAUGUAAUAUAAUGAGGAGUAAUAAUAUUGUUCAUAAAUUAUUUAACAGGGAGAUAUUUGGCAGCACAUCAAGAAAAUCAAAUGAUAAAAAUCGCAAAAUGUUUGAGAGGAUUCCACCUCGGCUUCGUUUCUGCCUCAUGGAUAUAGUGCCCAUGUCAUACCUCCGUGAGCAUGUUUUUAUGGGAUUCUCUCAGUGUGGACAAUUCUUACUUAGUUUCACAUACAGCUGUAAUACCCAGGUUUAUUUUAGAGAGAGCUCUAAGUUUACGCUCCACUUCCUAUCUUGGGUACCAGGUUGUGUGGUUAAGCCGGUGCACAGUGUACCACUGUUUGGUGAUGAUUGUGUGGACAGUAAAGUCACCAUCUCAAUGGCACAAUGGAAACACAACCCUGGCGUACUAGUUGUCUAUGGUAUUGCAGACUCUUGCUCUGAACGAUCCUACCUCAGUGUAAUCGGCGUACCUCGUCUAGGGUGUAAGAAGUGCGCUGCUUAUUCUAAAGAUGAAGAUGAUUUAAACUGUGGAAAAAGGUGCUUAGAACAUAAUUUCGCAAUUCACACAAAAUUUUUCUGCACAUCUGACUCCAGCAUGUAUGAACCGGUUGUACAAUUAGCGUAUUCAAAUCAGAUCAUCAUUUAUACUGAUUUCAUCCACAUACUCGAGGUGGACUUGGUGAAGCCUGAUACAGAGAGAACCGAAGUACUAGACGAUAGUAAAUACUCAUUAGAUAGAGACGAAACAAAUUCUAUAGACACCAACCCUAGCACGCCCGCGUCCGACGUCUCCGCCGCGUUCCAGUCACCCAAGUAUCAAAACAACGUAGUCCAAAAUAUAUUAGCAGAUUUCUCAGAUUUAGAAGUAGAACCGUAUCAGAUGUCACGGCCUGUGCAGAUGCCUGAUAUGAUGGGCCAGGAGUUGUGUAUCCAGGCUUCUUCGAUUUCACAUAAUUUAAUGGAGGAAUGGGAAGGACCAUCACCCUCUAUUAGGACACUAAUCAGUCCGCCCUUAAGAUCUCCCAGAAGACGGCCAGCAGAGAGCAUGUCGAGAUUCAAUGAAAUGCACCGAAUUAUAGCUGAGAAAGCUUACGAGUUUGUUGAAGAGACUGAACCCAAGUGCGAGAAGUUGAGUAUAUAUCGUAAACGACGUUUAGCUGAUAAGAAAUACGAAUUCUCAGAAGACAACAACGAGAAUAUAGUUCCGUUUAGGGUUUUAAGAAGUAAUAGAAAAGUAUUUAUAGGUUCAACAAGUAAAAAUACGCCACGACGGCCGAAAUCUCCUCCGGUGGAAAGCGUGGUACUAAGAACGCAUAACCAAAUAAGUCGACCACCGUCACCAACAACUAGUUGUGGAAUCAAGAAUUCUGUUGAACUGUCUUCACUGGAGUCAGAUCAUAACAGUGAGUCUGAGUAUAGGGUGAUGGAGAUGCUCGAUGAUGGCUCUCUAAAAACUGUAUCAGUUCACGAUAAUACCUCAAAAACACUCUCAGAUUGUCCUGUCAGUCCGCAGGAUCCUUAUUUAGUGCAUUCCGGUAAUUCAAAAUGUAGCAAGUUCUUCACGAGAUACUUCGUCGAAAGUGAUGAUGAGAUUACAUCUAUUAUUACAGAUUCUGAAGACGACUGCCUGUCGGGCUACCACGUGGCGCUGCCGCUGGCGGCGCACGGCGCGGGCUACGCGGCGCUGCAGGCGCUGGGUGCUGUGGGCACGCCGGGCGCGGCGGCCGAGCGCCUGCCCGCCCGCAGCCUGCGCGCGCGCCAGCGCUCGCUCGACACCGAGCUGCUGUGCAACGAGGUCUGCGGCCGCCUGUGCCGCCUCGCCGGCAGCAAGUUCAUCUACUGCUUCGACUGGGGCUGCCACGUCAUCGACGUCUGCCACUCCAGCGGCUGCCUCUCCGGGCUGUGCGCGAUGUGGCUGUGGGCGAGCGAGGAACGCGCGGCGGCGGAGUGCGAGGCGUGCGCCGACGGCCGCGCCGGCUGCCUGCUGCACCGCCACCAGUACGCGGCCGAGUGCCUUUUUGUUUGGGAUUUGGUGACCGGCGUGUAUAGAACUGAAAGGGCUACCAUGAAGGAAGACUCCAGUCAAGAAGGCUCCAGAGUGUCUGGCGCGGACAGAGCGAGGGAACUUGCCAAGAAACUAGGCCCCAUCAAUAUGCCGCCCGGAAACGAAAAUAGAUUGCUCACUACUUUGACGGGGAGAUCACUGAAAAGACUGACCGAUGUAGACAACUGCAUUGAAAUUACAAAGAACCAUCCCGAUAGUUCGGAGUCCGAGUCCUCGACCGACGAGGACAGCGACUCUGAUUGACUGAUUUUGCACUAGAACUAUGAUUCUAUGUAAAUUUUAUUCAGAACCACGUUUCUGUUGCUAAAUUAUUGGCAACUAGACGGGAUUAUCCUAUGGAUUGACUAUUUUAGAAUAGUUUCUGCUAAGAGACUGUAAAACUCGAGUGAGUGGAUUUGCUCGGUUAACUUGUCCAUCACUUCACGUUGUUCCAUUUAAGGUAAGGUGAUACUGAUCUAUUAAACCGGCGGGGUGAUUUUCUAUAACAGCAAACAAUGUGCGAACACGUUAGAAACGAUUGUUUAGUGUAAAAUUGUAUUACGUCGCACAAUAUACACUUUAGGUAAUUUUAAACUUUACACGUAUUUAAAUAAACCUGCUUUUUUAUUGGCGAAGUUUCGACGCGAAUUACACUACGGCAUAUAGGUACUAUUUAAUUCUUUUGAGUAACAAUCAUAUGUGUGUAUUACCAAGGGCCCUCACUGGACACUGCAAACUGAACAAGCAUAUGGCCUAACUAAGUUUGUGUCCAAAAAGUGUUUGCAGAUUUUGUCACAAUGAGUAAGAAACGCCGUAGCACUUAAUGUGUCGCUGUAGCCCAAUCAGACAUAAAUGAUAUAUCUUCUUUGGAAACACACACUUUUUAUCCUGAAGAGAAAAAAAGUCGCUACAAAAAACAUCUUAAAUAUCCUACCAAAGGUAAGAAUUAGCAGCGAACUUUAGAAAAAGGGCGAACACAAAGAUCAUGGAAAGUUCACAGUCACAGAUUAUUCUGCUUGAAAAAAAAAAACCGUCUUUCAAUAAUUAUAUGUACUAUUUACCUGCAAAAAUUUUUCAUCGCGUUAAGCUCCGACCCGCGACAAGUCUAUUUGCGAUCAAAUACCAAAAAGCCCUGCCUUUUGCCACGAGAUUGCUAAUGAGUAAUUCAUUCUAGUGAUUUUAGUGCCGAAUUCGCUUUACAGAUUUAUCUGUAAUUUAUUAGUUUUGAAGGCUUUAGCCUUUAAAAUUAAUCGUCGAUGACUAAUUGCUUUUAGAUAAUAAAAAAAUUAAAAAAGACGAUUACUAUUGACCCACGAACACUCAGGUUAUGGAAUGAACACCCUGUCGAGGUUUUUCCAAGAGACUACAACAUAGUUUUAAAAAAAAGUGGUAGUAAAGAGGUUUCUUCAGGGUCGGCAACACGCGUGUAAUGGCCAUGCUAUUGCAGGUGUACAUAGGCUACGGUAACUGCUUACCAUCAGGUGGGCCGUAUGCUUGUUUGCCACCUCAGUGGUAUAAAAUAAGUAUUAUGCAAUUUUCGUCUAUCGCAACUGUUUGCUGUUGUGAGCUAUCACCCGCCAGGUGUCAUGCCUCAGGCUAGUGAUACAUACGUCUCGUUCUCAAUACUAAUGUGUGAGUGUAACUGUUAAAUAUUGUUGUAUCAAUUGGCAAUGAUAUAAUUAUAUGAAUAUGAACUGUAUUAUUUAAUUAUUAACUACAGAUUAUAUAUAUAUAUAUAAUAUUUUGGCAAUGAUAAUGUUACUUUAUGUUUUAUGAAUAUAUUUUGCAAAUUUUUCCUAAAACUAUAAGACUUGUAACAGUAUUUUAUACAACUUUCAGUUUACAAUUUUUAAAAUUGCGAAAAAUAUGUUUCAAUUUGAAUGCUCAAAAACCAAUCGGAAUGAUAACUAUAUAGUUAAAUCGAAAUACUAGUCUGCUAUUGGUUGAUACGACAUAAAUGUACCUCAUCCAAUAUUAAAAAUUAAUAGAUACAUAAAAAAAAAUACUUGAUAUACCUACACAAGUAUGUCAAAUGUGUACCAUAUUCUACUACCUAAGUAAUUGGUGCAAUGCUAACAUUUUUUUUUUCACGUACACUGUGUAUGUUUAAAAAUUUUAUUUUCCAUUUAUGCAAGUGGUAAUAUGAUUUCUUUUUAACAAAACUAUACAAUGAUAAAAUAAAUCUCCAUUUUAAAUUUAUUUAAAUCGUUUUAAUGUAUAUUUAAAUGACUUAAAUUUUUUUUAAUCGGUCAAUAGUGAGACAUCUGUCAGUCAUGGUAGAAAGGAUACAUCAAUAUAACCAUGCUACUGAGAAUGCUCAUAGAUUUAAAUGAUGUGACAUUGAUGUUAAAAGGAAUAAUUAAUCAAUAAUAUAAAAAUGUCAAUAAAUUUUAAAUUAGAUAUACAUUUUAUCAUUAAUUGGCAAGAUCAAACAAACCAGCGGAUCUACCAUGAAAUGAAAUUCCGAAAUUUCGGAUUCAAUUUCGUGUUUUUGUUUAUACCAAAAUUGGACCAAUAAAUGGAGUUUAACAUUUCGUUCUUCAUACGUCCUAUCAUAAAAGUCUAAAGGAACAAUAUUUUAACAUUUCUAAUAUUUCCAAACGGCAUGUAUUAUGUAAUUUUAACAUGACAUUUCUGUUUCGUUUUGCUCCGAAAUUUCGGAAAACAUUUCAUGGUAGGUCCUCUGGUUACAUUUUUAUAAUAUUAUUGUUUAAUGAAAUAUUACAAUUAUUUUAAAUUCCAAUUACUUGAUGUUAUAAGUUACAUACAUCUUGUAUAGCAUAGCUAUUUACUUUAUUUCAAAAAUUUUCAUUGUAAUGAUGUACAUUUUCGUCAAAAACAAGCCAAUUUGAUAUUACAUUAAAUACCAUUUUCGAAUGUAACACGGAUUUUUGUGAAUGCGUGUACGACUUUGCAUUUAUGUACAUCAGUAUCUGUACACAUGUGAUGAAUAUGAGUGUUGUGGUUGUGAAUGUCGUUAACUCUUCCCAUUCUUUUAUUUUAGUUUUGACACUUAAAUGUUUAUUUAUUUAUAAAUUGCUCACUACACUUACAGUAUUCUAAAAAGUGUAGUGCUAUAGGUUCAUGUUACGAACUUAAAAAUUUUAAACAAUUUUAUCAUUAAGUAUCUGGCUGCUGAGCAAUCAGAGAAUUGAGCAGAGAAAUAGUCUGAUAAGUGGGAGCAAACUGAGCAGUACAGGUGCGAACCGGCGGUACCGACUUUUUUUUUUAUUUAAAAGUUUACUAUAAAAACUGAUACAUUUACGGUACCUAUUAUGUUUUUACAUAAUAAAUAAGAUAAAGUUGAGACGGUUUAUAUAUUUCUUUGACUCCUUAUACAUUUCAAAGUAGACUUUCAUAGAAUCUCUGAAUUGAAAUUGAGCUGUCAAUGAAAAAAUGUUUUCUUUUUUUUACCAAAAACGGCGAUUACGUCGUAAAUAAUUAAUACGAGAUCAACACGGAAGUAAAGCCUGUAGAUUAUAAAAGUAUUAUCAUAAUCGGUCCAGAUUUUGUGAAAAUAUUUUGUGACAGAGCCAAAAAAAUACAUGCUCGAUUGAGAAUAUACUUUUUUUGAAGUCGCUUAAUAAAAAAAUGGGAACGGUGUAAAUGGUAGCAAUUGCAAUAAUUGUACAUUGAUAUUAUUGUUAUUUAUGAAUUUAUAACUACAAUGUAAAAUUUAAUGACUCUAGCGCAUUUGAAAGGACAAAUUUAUGAUUAUAGUACAGUGGUAUUUCAAUCCAAUAUAUUACGAGAUUAUAAAAUCGAUACAUGAUUAGACCUAUUCAGAAACAAACUCGUUUGAAAUUAGAUAACGAUUCUAGCUUUCAGCUCGCUCGCGUGUCGCCCUCAAAUAUUUUUCGUUUAAUUUUUUUUUUAAAUGCGAUUCGGAUCGUAUACCUUAUAUAUUUAAAAAAAUAAAUUUUAAAAAUUGAUGAAGUAGUUUUCGCGUUUAUCCAUUACUAACAAACAAACAUACAAGAAAUCUAUACUUUCCUCUUUAUAAUAUUAUUGUAGAUUUUUUUUUAUUUAAGAGUUUUGUCUGGUCAAGUAAUUUAUGUAUUCCAACCAGCUUUAUUCCAGGACAUAUCUGACCUCCUUAGACGACAUGACACACGAUGUUUUCUUUAUCUGUCCCAUUUCUCAGUCUUGUUCAUCUUUUGUCCUCUAUUGUAUCUUUUAGUAUGUUCUUUGAAAAAAUUGUCAUGUCAUAUAAGGUGGCCGAGCAUUUUGCCUCUUCGAUUCUCCAUUGUUUUUUAUUAAUGUUCUUUUCUCAUUCACCCUUUUCAAGACUUUCUCGUUCGUUACUUUUUACGAUAGUGUAGAUAAAGUGCUAUGAAAACCGACUGCUCUCAAAAAUUGCUUGAAUAUUUAUGAUAUGUACAUUUAUUUAGUUAUAUAAUAAAUGCGUUAUUAUAUACAAAACUAGAAAUAUCUAAUAUGGAUUUGGAUAAUACAAUAUGUAAGUUAUUUCAUAUGCGCUAGAGCUCUCCUAGGCUCAUUGUACGGUUGUGAUCGUUUGAAAGUAGAUUUGUUUAAGUGAAGUGCCUAUGAGUCAUCAUCUAAAUGUAAUCAUAAAAUGCUACGAACAUAUUGAUCUCUGUAUAUUUUGCGUGUGGCUGUCAUAUAUAGACAUAGUUCCUGUACGUGCUGAUGCAAUUAUAUGAAAAUAGUCUACCAUAACUUGCAGCUUGUAAAUCUAUUAAUCAAAUAAUUUAUUUUCAACUUCGGGUUGUGUUCGGCACACCUGCUAGAGUUCGUUGGACAUCUUAUAUAAAUUACAAUAUUAUUAAUUUUAUAAAUGUGAUAAUUUGUAAAGAUAUAUAUAAUUCAGUCACGAUUAAACAGCUGCAAGGAUUUUGAUGAAAAUCGAUAUACAGAUAUACCAUGUCCAAGAUUAAUUUUGAAUGCUUUAUUCUAACUCAUGUAGGUAAAGCCGCAGAAUACAAUUACUUGAUUACAAUGUAUCUAUUUUAUUUUUUUAUAAUUUGAACUAAUUGUUAAUGUAAUGGUCUCUCUAAAUAUACAUAGCCCUGUUCAGACCACUAUGUCAAUGAUUUUAUAUUAUGUCAUUUUUAGCAAGGAUUAAGAAUGCAAGUACUGCCAACAUGAAAAAAUUGAUCGUCAUUAUUUUAGUCAGCCAUUUAGUUAAAUAUUAUAGACUUUUAAAAUCAAUAAUUUGUUUUUAUAAAAUAACAUUGCAAUCCAAUUUUGUACUUGUAUGUAUGUUUUUAUAUUAUUUACCAUAAUUCUAAUAACACUGAAUUUGCAAGUUAUUUUCUUAAUUAAAUUUCCAUAGGAAGGUCAUUAUUUGUGGGGCAAUAUGUAUAUAUUUGUUUUAAGUGAAGUAAUAGUGCCGCAAAAACCUAAACUAUGUGAAACUCGCAAUAAAAUUAUAUGUGGAAGAUUAGCAUUUAAAUGAAACAAGGCACUAUCCAAGUGUACUAACUUGCCAUCAAAUGUACUUUAUAGUGUUAAGGUAUGAAAAUAAAAAAAUGAUGCAUGAUCUAAAUUCAGAAAAUUGUUUUAUUUUAAAACUAUUUCAUAAUAGAUUGUAUGUGUAUUUCACAUUGUUGAAUGCCCAUAGGUAUUAUUGAUCAUACCAGUUAGAUGACGGGUUAAGUGGCAAAA